ACCACUAUGCACAACAGCCACGCAACAGAUGCUUGGCUUGAAGGGACCGGGCGCACAAGUAAAGGACUGGCAAAUAAUGCACUGUUUCAAGAGGGAUGGCUGUUUACGCAAACCAUACUUUUGGAAUGUUCUUGGAUUAUUGCAAAAAUACUUUAUUUCUCUUUUGGACCCACUAGAACAGUGUCGCUCAUGACACUUAUUUUCAAAGACCGACCUAAUGUUCUGACAUAUUUGCGGAGAUGAAUUCGUACUACAUAGUAUUUGAGAUAUUAAUAGCAAUUUUGUCCAUAUCUGGCAAUGUAUUGGUUUGCUGGUCUGUCGCCAUCAACACCACUCUGAAAACAGCAACUAACUACUUUUUGGUGUCUUUGGCUGUGGCAGAUAUUUUGGUGGGUUGCCUUGCCAUCCCCUUUGCCAUAACCAUAAGCAUCGGUAUCCUUUUGGACUUCUAUGGAUGUCUUUUUCUUGCCUGUUUUGUUUUGGUACUGACUCAAAGCUCAAUUUUCAGCCUCCUUGCAGUUGCAAUUGAUAGAUAUUUGGCCAUCAAUAUACCCCUCAGGUACAAGGAGCUGGUGACAGGCACGAGGGCCAGAAGAAUCAUUGCUAUUUUAUGGAUCCUGUCCUUUGUCAUCGGCCUCAUCCCGUUCCUGGGUUGGAACCUGAAGGUUUCUUCCUGCCGUCAGAAUGUCUCCAGCAGCCUGACAAAUGGCAGCUCUGUGGGGGAAACCAGUACCACUAUCGCCCCUCGGGUGGACGAUCUGACCAGCAUCAAGCUCACCUGCCAGUUUGAGAAUGUGGUGGACAUGCACUACAUGGUCUAUUUCAACUUCUUUGGCUGCGUCCUGCCUCCUCUGCUUAUCAUGCUGGGCAUCUAUGUGAAGAUCUUCACUGUGGCCCGCAAGCAGAUGCACCAAAUUGAGCUCAAGUGCUCGGUGAGCAGCAAUAGGGGCAGCCACCAUCACGGGCUGCUUCAGCGCGAGAUCCGUGCCGCCAAGUCUCUGUCCAUCAUUGUGGGGCUGUUUGCCCUCUGCUGGCUGCCCGUGCACAUCCUCAACUGCCUGACCCUGUUCUACAAGGACCUGUACAAGCCGGCCCCAGUCAUGUACAUAGCCAUCAUGCUGUCGCACGCCAACUCCGCUGUCAAUCCCAUUAUCUACGCCUACCGCAUCCAGGACUUCAGGAACACCUUCCGCAAGAUCCUGACGCGUCAAGUCCUGUGUCAGAGGGAGGAGCUCUACCUCCACUCCUCCAACGGAAGCAGGCGGAACAGAGACCAGAUCCACAUGACCAUUGACCCAUUACUCUGAGGGGUGGGUUGCAGGGGGCAUGAGCCUUUACUGUAAGGGCAAGCAACAGGGGCAUGAGGCUACUUAGUCCUGCCUACAUGUCCUGCCGACCAUUGACCCUUUACUUCAUAAGUGGGGGCACAGGCCAGCCGUGUAGCUCAAAACACUACCUGUGUUCAUGUUUUUGUUGUAUUUAAUUUUUGAAUGGCAUUUUAAGUGAGAUUAGAAAUGUUUACAGAACAAAGCAUGGUGGUAUAAUGAUAUACAGUGCCUUGCAAAAGUAUUCAUCCCCCUUUGUGUUUUUCCUAUUUUGUUGCAUUACAACCUGUAAUUUAAAUGGAUUUUUAUUUGGAUUUCAUGUAACGAAAAGUCAUGCAUGCAUAUGUAUUCACCCCUUUGCUAUGAAGCCCCUAAAUAAGAUCUGGUGCAAUCAAUUACCUUCAGAAGUCACAUAAUUAGAUUGCACACAGGUGGACUUUAUUUAACUAAGUGCCACAUGAUCUCUCACAUGAUCUCAGUAUACAGUAUACACCUGUUUUGAAAGGCCCCAGAGUCUGCAAUACCACUAAGCAAGGGGCACCACCAAGCAAGCGGCACCAUAAAGACCAAGGAGCUCUCCAAACAGGUCAGAGACAAAGUUGUGGAGAAGUACAGAUCAGGGUUGGGUUAUAAAAAAAAUAUCAGAAACUUUGAACAUCCCACGGAGCACCAUUAAAUCCAUUAUUAAAAAAUGGAAAGAAUAUGGCACCAUAACAAACCUGCCAAGAGAGGGCCGCCAAAUCAAAACUCAUGGACCAGGCAAGGAGGGCAUUGAUCAGAGAGGCAACAAAGAGACCAAAGAUAACCCUGAAGGAGCUGCGAAGCUCCACAUCGGAGAUUGGAGUAUCUGUCCAUAGGACACUCCACAGAGCUGGGCUUUACGGAAGAGUGGCCAGAAAAAAACCAUUGCUUAAAGACAAAAAUAAGCAAACAUGUUUGGUGUUCGCCAAAAGGCAUGUGGGAGACUCUCCAAACAUAUGGAAGAAGGUACUCUGGUCAGAUGAGACUAAAAUUGAGCUUUUUGGCAAUCAAGGAAAACACUAUGUCUGGCGCAAACCCAACACCUCUCAUCACCCCGAGAACACCAUCCCCACAGUGAAGCAUGGUGGUGGAAACAUCAUGCAUGCUGUGGGGAUGUUUUUCAUUGACAGGGACUGAAAAACUGGUCAGAAUUGAAUGAAUGAUGGAUGGCGCUAAAUACAGGGAAAUUCUCGAGGGAAACCUGUUUCAGUCUUCCAGAGAUUUGAGACUGGGACGGAGGUUCACCUUCCAGCAGGACGACCCUAAGCUUACUGCUAAAGCAACACUUGAGUGGUUUAAGAGGAAACAUUUAAAUGUCUUGGUAUGGCCUAGUCAAAGCCCAGACCUCAAUCCAAUUGAGAAUCUGUGGUAUGACUUAAAGAUUGCUGUACAACAGCGGAACCCAUCCAACUUGAAGUAGCUGGAGCAGUUUUGCCUUGAAGAAUGGUCAAAAAUCUCAGUGGCUAGAUAUGCCAAGAUUAUAGAGACCUACCCCAAGAGAUUUGCAGCUGUAAUUGCUGCAAAAGGUGUCUCUACAAAGUAUUGACUUUGGGGGGGGGGACAGUUAUGCACGCUCAAGUUUUCCGUUCUUUUGUCUUAUUUCUUGUUUGUUUCACAAAACAUAUUUUGCAUCUUCAAAGUGGUAGGCAUGUUGUGUAAAUCAAAUGAUACAAACCCCCCAAAAAUCUAUUUUAAUUCCAGGUUGUAAGGCAACAAAAUAGGAAAAAUGCCAAGGGGGUGACUACUUUAGCAAGCCACUGUAUGGAGCUGAAUAGAUGAAUCUGUCAAAUAUGCCUUGAAUGUGGAGCGUUAUUUAUGAGUUAAGAUGAGUAUUAGGCCAGGUGAUGAAAAGCUAGCCUGGUCCCACAUCUGUUUGUGCCGUCUUACUAACUCCUAUGGUUGUUGUCAUGGCCAUAGGAGUUAGCAAGACCACACAAACAUCUGGGACCAGGCUAGUGAAAAUCUGAGUCUUAUUUACUUUAAAGCUGGAAUCUGUACUUGGUAACACUGCCACGUCCAUUUGCGAUAUUAAAAUAACAGUUACUUCAAACAACAAAUAUUUUUCCCCCCCUGACAUCAUUGCACGCACGAUAGAACAGCAGAGUAUGUAUGCCUACUGCAAUUGUUUUUACUACGAUGCUGGAUGCUCCUCUCCUCCGUUUCAUCAACAAAACAAAAACAAUAACACAUGCUCUGGGGCGAACAGUGGUACUGUUCUACCUAAUGUGGAUUCCAGCUUUAACUGUUGAAGGAUUUGUAUUUUAUUUUGUUGAAGCUAACUGGAUUUUCAGGACUGUGAAAUGAAUCCACUGAUGAAUCCAUUACUAUGAGAACACCUAAUUUACUAUUCCUACACAUUGACCAUAUCAUAACUUAAAACACACAUUUUUCUAAGCCUUAACUUUCCAAACAUAAUAUGCAUCAAGUGUUCGUUUACCGUUUUGGUAUUUGAUUAGUCAUGUAGCUCAAAUUUGAGAAACCUGGCUGAGGUGUGUAUUGUAUUGUUCGUCAUGGGCUAUAUCGGACUUCUUCAUUACUGGUGUUGCAUAAAAACAUACAUAGGAAACUCUGCCCAGUGGAACCAGUUUUGACUAAACCGCAACAUCUCAAGUGAGAGGACACACACAACACAGCUCGGAUUGGGAAAGUAUUCUUACACAUAAUAUAAACUUGUGGUGUUAUUGUGCUCUGCUUGAAUUUUGCAAAUGUCAUGGCUUCUAUAGUUCAUGGAGAAAGCUCAGGAAUAUACAGUAUGUGGUGGGCAGACUGAGUAAUCUAAAAUUCAGAAACAGGAUAUUUAGAGAUUCGCAAGAAAAUCAUGUCAACCUUACAAAUGCCUCAUUAUUUGAAAUUCUUGAUGACUUAGUUAUGUAAUCUCCCUUUAAAAUUAUAGAUUUACAUUAUUAUUCUUAACAAAAUGCUGACAUUUUUUGGGGCUCUUGUUCAACAUAGCCUAAAUCAUAUCAGAAAACAAAUAUGUGUUACUUGUUGUUAUACAGUUGAAGUCAGAAGUUUACAUAUACCUUAGCCAAAUACAUUUUAACUAAGUUUUUCACAAUUCCUGACAUUUAAUCCUAGUAAAAAUAACCUGUUUUAGGUCAGUUAGGAUCACCACUUUAUUUUAAGAAUGUGAAAUGUCAGAAUGAUUUAUUUCUGCAUUUAUUUAUUUCAUCACAUUCCCAGUGGGUCAGAAGUUUACAUAAACAAUUUAAAGGCAAUGAGUGUAACCAAAUUGAGUGUAACUUGGGUCAAAUGUUUCGGGUAGCCUUCCACAAGCUAACCACAAUAAAUUGGGUGGAUUUUGGCCAAUUGAGCUGGUGUAACUGAGUCAGGUUUGUAGGCCUCCUUGCUCACACCCUUUUUCAGUUCUGCCCACACAUCUUCUAUAGGAUUGAGGUCAGGGCUUUGUUAUGGCCACUCCAAUACCUCGACUUUGUUGUCCUUAAGCCAUUUUGCCACAACUUUGGAAGUAUGCUUGGGGUCAUUGUCCAUUUGCGACCAAGCUUUAACUUCCCGACUGAUGUCUUGAAAUGUUGCUUCAAUAUAUCCACAUAAUUUUCCUGCCUCAUGCCAUCUAUUUCGUGAAGUGCACCAUUCCCUCCUGCAGCAAAGCACCCCCACAACAUGAUGCUGCCACCCCCUUGCUUCAUGGUUGGGAUGGUAUUCAUCAGCUUGCAAGCCUCCCCAUUUUUCUCCAAACAUAACGAAGGUCAUUAUGGCCAACCAGUUCUAUUUUUGUUUCAUCAGACCAGAGGACAUUUCUCCAAAAAGUACAAUCUUUGUCCCCAUGUGCAGUUGCAAACUGUAAUCUGGCUUUUUUUUAUGGCGGUUUUGGAGCAGUGGCUUCUUCCUGGCUGUGCGGCCUUUCAGGUUAUAUCGAUAUAGGACUCAUUUUACUGUGGAUAUAGAAACUUUUGUACCUGUUUCCUCCAGCAUCUUCACAAGGUCCUUUUCUGUUGUUCUGGGAUUGAUUCGCAUUUUUUGCACCAAAGUACGGUAAUCUCUAGGAGACAGGAACGCGUCUCCUUCCUGAGCGGUAUGACGGCUGCGUGGUCCCAUGCUGUUUCUACUUGCACACUAUUGUUUGUACAGAUGAAUGUGGUACCUUCAGGCAUUUGGAAAUUGCUCCCAAGGAUGAACCAGAUUUGCAGAGGUAAAAAAAAAGGUCUUGUUGAUUUUCCCAUGUCUAGCAGAGGCACUGAGUUUGAAGGUAGGCCAUGAAAUACACCCACAGGUACACCUCCAAUUGACUCAGGCUAAUUGACAUGAUUUAUCUGAAGCUUCUAAAGCCAUGACAUCAUUUUCUGGAAUUUUCCAAGCUAUUUAAAGGCACAUUCAACUUAGUGUAUGUAAACUUCUGACCCACUGGUAUUGUGAUACGCGAAAUAAUCUGCCUGUAAACAAUUGUUGGAAAAUUUACUUGUCAUGCACAAAGAUGUCCUAACUGACUUGCCAAAACUAUUGUUUGUUAACAAGACAUUUUUGGAGUGGUUGAAAAACAAGUUUUAAUGACUCCAACGUACGUGUAUGUAAACUUCCAACUGUAUAUUACACAUCUGAAUGUCACCCUCUUCCCUUGGCAUCCCUAGAAGGCCCAUAAUACAAACCUCAAAUGGACUAACACACACACACCUCACAUGGACACAGCUGUGAUCUUUUGCCCACCUGGCAAAUUCCUGUGUCCUGGAACAAACCAGGCAGCUUUUAAUACUCAAUAUUGUCAAACUGUAGGAUCAACCACUUCCACGGUGUACGGUCUGCCUAGCAUGUGGCUCCAUCCCCCUCACUCAGUAAGAACUCCUACAUACACCACUUCUACACCAAGCCAAAUCACUCAAUGCAAUGCUGAGGAGAUCCCUCUUUGUUGAAUGAAACAAGUUUCCAGGGUUGGGGUUGCUCUGUAAUUCCAAUUCAAUUCUUGAAUUUGAAUUGGCCACACCUGACAGGAAGCAGCAAUUGAAUUGAAUUUGCAUUAAAGAAAGUUGAAUAAAAUUAAAUGAAAAUUGUAUUUAUUUUGAAUUGCUUUGAAUUAUAUUCCACUUCCUUCAAUUAAAAUGAAAUUAAAAUCCUGCUUCUUUUGGGGUGUGGCCUAUUCAAAUUAAAUUCAGAAAUUUUGAAUUGACACAAACCCUGCAGGGAACGCUAGGCCUAACGAGAUUGUAGGGUUGACAAGUGCUUGUUCUGUGAAAGACAAAAAUAUGCUUCAUUGUUGUAAUUGUAUUUUUGUACCAGUGAGUCUGACACAGUGUUGUUAAAUAGACGGUGCAUCGUUCUCGGUUUGAAGAUGUCUCUCCCUGUACUUGACCAACUGAUGAGCUUGCCUUUGUUGUGUUGGUUGGCAUUGUGGACAAUGGCCUCUUUUCUAAGAAGCUGUGACAGUCUAUUUUCCUUUCAACUGGCUGAAAUUAGAUGUGGUUUUCUAUCAAAAACAGGAAACCAGACCUCCACAAAAUAAAUCCAGUUUAACGAGACCCAGUUUGGAUGUGACAGCACACAAUCUGUGCUAAAAUUAAGGUGGUUUUCCUCUGCUAUGAGAAGGGCCUCCUUGCUGUGAUAUUAAACUGUGUUGUGUACUGUUUUUGUGUCCACAAAGUUAGAUUGAAUGGGAUCUUAAGCACUUACAAAUUUGUACAAACAUACUGUACGAAUUGGAAUUCGUAACUUAUCAUAUAAACGUCAGGAGAGGAAAACAAAUUGCAGGAUGUAACAUAUCAUUGUGAAAAUGUCAUUGCGAAAAUUUUGGGGGACCAGUUUUCAAUAGUGAGCACUACUUUCAAAACUACUUCCUGAAAUGAUACAAAACCUCUAGUAUCACUUUAACUUCUAAAAGGAAUUUAAGACGUGUUGUCUUAGCACAGGGGUCCAACAAAUACAGUAUUUCCAUUGUGUUUAAUUUCUUAGUUUUUCCAUUUCUUCACCAUAUACAUCAACCAUCACCUCUACAACUUCAAGGGCUAAACUAUAGGAGUGUGCCAAACUUCAAGUACAUUCCAUUGGAGACUGCACUGUACUGGUAUUACUAUUAUUUGUUCAUUCAAAUGUGACCUUAGCAUCAAGAUAAGGGUUCAAUUCCAUUACAAUUCAGUAAACUAAAAUUCAAAUUCCCCAAAUGCUUCUUACUGAGAAAAAUGUGGAAUUGGCUUGUUUACUUCCGGAGUUGAUUGAAUUGAAAUGGAAUUGCCCCAACCCUGCAACAUACAGUGGGUUGUAAAGCCUUCAACAAGCCUGACUUGUGAAUGAAGCCUUCCUACAAUUUAAGAAGAAAACCAUACAAGAACAAGCUGAUGUAGUUUUCCAACCUGUGCGUUUGCAAAUGUGUUACAGUAUUGAUGUCGCUAACCAGUAGCCUAAACAGUCAACUGUGGUUCAAAUCAAAGUGUAUUGGUUGUGUACACAGUUUUGCUGGUGUUAUAGUCGGUGCAGCGAAAUGCUUAUGUUACUAGCUCCAACAGUGCAGUAGAAUGUCUGAACGUCAAUGAUGUUCAAUUAUUAUUUCACUCAACUGACAACUAAACCAAUACUGCUAUUUAACAUGAGCAAAAUCUGUAUGGUGAAUUAUUUUGUCAAUAAAAGCUAUGUAUGACUUGCCUGGUUAAAUAAAAAAUACAAAUAAAAUGUUCAUAUUGUUACAA